AUGGCUGAUCUACUGACCGAAGAACAGAUGGCUGAAUUCAAGGAAACUUUCUUCCUAUUGCAUAAAGAUGGUGAUGGCGCCAUCACAACAGAGGAACCUGGAACUGUCAUGAGGUCACUGGGUCAGGACCCAGCAGAAGCCGAACUGCAGGAUAUGAUCAACAGAGUGGACGCUGAUGGUAAUGGCACCAUUGACCUCCCAGAGUAUUUGACUAUGAUGGCUAGAAAAAUAAAAGACAUGGAUAGUGAAGAAGAAAUCCUUGGGGCAUUCCGAGUCUUUGGCAAGGACAGUGAUGUUUACAUCAGUGCAGCAGAACUACGUCAUGUCAUGACAAACUUAGGGGAAAAACCAAUAGAUGAAGAAGCAGAUGGAACGAUUGGAAAAGCAGAUAUUGAUGGAGACAGACAGGUCACCUAUGAAGAAUUGGUACAGAUGAUGACUGCAAAAUGA